AUGAUGUCCGACUUACCUCAAGAGAGACUCCAACCCGAUCUGCCGCCAUUCACCAACACUGGCGUGGACUAUUUUGGUCCCUUUAUGGUAAAGAGAGGAAGAUCACUGGUGAAAAGGUAUGGCGUACUAUUCACCUGCAUGACGAGCAGAGCCAUUCACAUUGAGGUAGCCAACUCAUUAGACACUAGUUCAUGCAUCAACGCUUUAAGACGCUUUAUUUGUAGGAGAGGCCAAGUAAAGUACCUUCGUUCAGAUAAUGGAACCAAUUUUGCUGGUGCAAAAGCAGAACUACAAAAGGCCUUCUCAACAAUUGACUCGGACAAGGUGCAUAGCACACUAAAAACAAUGGGCAUAGAAUGGACAUUCAAUCCACCAGGCGCAUCCCAUCAUGGAGGCAUAUGGGAAAGGCUCAUAAGGUCCAUAAGACAAGUGCUCUGCUCUGUUCUGAAACAACAAACGUUAGAUGAUGAGGGGUUACAAACUGUAUUGUGUGAAGUUGAAGCGAUCCUAAAUAGCCGUCCUCUCACUGCAGUCACCCACGACCCACAGGAUUUAACCCCAUUAACACCCAAUGACCUUCUGCUCCUUAAAGCCAGGCCCGUUCUCCCUCCUGGGACAUUCGAGAAGAGUGACCAAUACACCAGACGCCGCUGGAGACAAGCACAAUACCUGGCAAACAUCUUUUGGAGACGCUGGACGUUAGAGUAUCUACCCUUACUGCAAGAACGCCAAAAAUGGAACGUGAAGAAAAGGAACUUUCAGUGCGGUGAUGCAGUAUUAGUGGUGGAUCCAACAGCUCCAAGAAGUUCCUGGAUUCUAGGAAGACUAACAGAAGUCUACCCUGACAAAAGAGGAAUGAAGACUAUUGGAAAAAUGUUUUGUGGACAGAUGAGACCAAAAUAGAAUUUUUGGUUUAAAUGAGAAGUGUUGUUUGGAGAAAGGAAAACCCUGCAUUCCAGCAUAAGGACCUUAUCCCAUCUGUGAAACUUGGUGGUGCCUUUUUUGCUGCAUCUGGGCCAGGACGGCUUGCUGUCAUUGAUGGAACAAUUAAUUCUGAAUUAUACCAGCGAAUUCUAAAGGAAAAUGUCAGGACAUCUGUCCAUGAACUGAAUCUCAAGAGAAGGUGGGUCAUGCAGCAAGACAAUGACCCUAAGCACACAAGUCGUUCUACCAAAGAAUGGUUAAAGAAGGAUAAAGUUAAUGUUUUGGAAUGGCAGAGGCUCCAACUCUCCCGCCGUGGGCUGGAGAUCUCCUGCUUGAGGGAACAUUUUAGAAAAUCCUCCCGACCUCCCGCUGACAACAUAAAAAUCUCCCUCCCACCCUUACUACACAUGAUUAGUUAAAAAUAUAUAUAACUUGAUCAUGGCCGUAGCCAGCUAUGAGGCCCCCGAGGUCCGGACCUCGGUCAUUUUUAAGAGCUGAAAAUACAUUUGUAUGCUAAAUAUUCA